GCUGGGCGCAUGUUGAUGACGUAAGUCAGGGGGCGGCUUUGUGGAAACAGGAAGUGUGACGUAACAUUUGUUUUGGGAAAAUCAGCGAAAGAGAGAGAAUCGUCUAGUAAACCGCGAUGAGCGAUUCAAGAAUGGAGCAAAACGGUGACGACUACAAGCUGAUAUUUGAGAAGGAGGGAGUGUACCUGCACACAAAUGCCAAGAAAACCACCGAGGACACUAGCAUUCCGGGUUUCAUACGCAUUGUGGAACGGUCUGGUGUGCCAGCUUUAGAGUGGAGUCCCCUGGAAGAUGCGGGGCGCAACGCUCCCGCUGUGCUAUACUCGAAAAAGGAUAGUGAAGGGGGCGAGGAGGAUACCAAGUUUGACCCUGGCUACGAGCCAGACUGGGCGGUCAUAAGCACGGUGAAGAAAGAUCGGGAGCACGUCCCAGUUAAAGAGUCAGGUCAGUGGUCAUUCUCACUGCCGCUGCCGGAGCUGUACUCCCUCCGCAGAGCCCGUUUCUCCUUGGGCCGUAACUUCCUGGUGUUGACCAGCCGAGGGGGUCACCCAUUGCCCCCCUUGCACUUUCACCGAGGGGGCAGCCGGGAACUUCUGCACGCCCUGAGCCGCUACAUCGUCCUGGCCCAGUCUCCAGUGGACGGGCGUCUUUUCUUGGCGUAUCCCCAAAACCCAGGCGCUCUUUCUCAGUCUGUUGACAAACUGCACCUCUUUGACGAUGGAGGCUCCGACUUGGUGUCGAGAUUCAUCCACGACCCCUACGCGACAACUUUGGGCGGCUUUUCAAAGGUUACCAACUUCUUCAGGGAUGCCCUGCGGCCACCCGAGUCCCCACUCCACCCACGGGACUCCCGCCAGCCGAGCUUGGCGCCGCAGUUGGAUGAGGAGCCUGGCUUUGAGCUUAUCACUUGCGGUGUGGAACUUGGACCCAAGCCAGCGGUCAGCAGAGGGCGACCUCUGGACCAGUGGGAGUCCUUUCUCGACCCUGAGGGCCGUGUCGAGGAUCCCCAGCGCGUCAAAGACCUGGUCUUCCGAGGGGGCAUUGUGCCAGAACUCAGGAAGGAAGUGUGGAAGUUCCUGCUGGGUUUUUAUCCAUGGAACAGCACAUACAGUCAACGAGAGGAGAUCUUGCGCCUAAAAACGGAUGAGUAUUUUCGCAUGAAGGUGCAAUGGAAGUCGGUCAGCGAGGAGCAAGAAAUGAGGAACUCACUCCUCAGGGGCUACCGCAAUCUGAUUGAGCGAGAUGUGAACAGGACUGACCGCCACAACACCUUUUUCUCGGGGAAUGACAAUCCGGGCCUGACGCUUCUCCAUGACGUCCUCAUGACUCACUGCAUGUACAACUUUGAUCUCGGCUACGUGCAGGGCAUGAGCGACCUGCUCUCGCCGCUGCUCUUUGUCACACAGAACGAAGUGGAGUCAUUCUGGUGCCUGACGGGCUUCAUGGAAAUGGUGCACCACAACUUCGAGGAGUCCCAGGAGGCCAUGAAGCAGCAGCUGCUUCAGCUAAGCUUCCUGCUAAAGGCUUUGGACCCGGAGCUCUGCGAUUUUCUAGACUCCCAGGACAGUGGUUCGCUUUGCUUCUGUUUCCGGUGGCUGCUUAUCUGGUUCAAGAGGGAGUUCUCCUUUGAGGACAUUCUCAUUUUGUGGGAGGUUUUGUGGACUCGUCUGCCCUGCCCCAACUUCCACCUUCUCAUCGCUUGCUCCAUCCUGCAGUCGCAGCGAGGCGAACUAAUUGGCUCAGACCACGACUUCAAUACGAUCCUCAAGCACAUUAACGAGCUGACCAUGAAGUUGGACCUUCAGAGCACACUGCGAGAUGCAGAGGCUAUCUACCUACAGCUUCUCCAGUGCAAAGAUUUGCCCCAGAAAGUGAAGGAGGUUUUGGGUGUUUACGUCCCAUCCAGCUCCUCAUCCUCCUCCGAGGAUGACAGCCCCGAUUUUCAGAGCGGCGACGCCCCCUGCCUGCCAGGCCAGUCGCAAUUCGGCACUUCAUCUUGUGAUGGCACACCCUAAAGAAAGCAACCAACUGACAUGAUGAUAUUUAUGAGUGAUGGCGAUAUGUUUAUUAACUGUACGCCUGAAGAAGAGGGUUUAGUACUAAGUGUCCACAGCAGGGGGCGAAAUGGAGGCGUCACUGUGUUCAUAUUACUCUUCUUCCUCUUUUUGAUUGAUGCUGCUCUUUUUACAUUUUACACUUUGUUGUUUUUCCACCCUCACAGCAACCGUCCUCUUAACUCAUUGGCUGCCACUGUUACCCUCCCAGGUCAGUGGAUUGGACGUAUAUCGCCGUCAAUGGUAUCCUCUGAGUUUAUAAAGGGAUUGAUAUGAAGGAUGUUUUUUGUGUAGCCCUAUGCAACCUGGUCAUAUUUUAACCUUUGUACUGUUUCCAUCUGCUCAUUAAUACCAAAUAAAAGGAUAAUGAAGCACUA